CGCUUUUCCUUCUUUCGAAGGACGGACUUCGUCUCCGGCCGAUCCUAAGAACCCUCGGUUCCAUUCCGAUCCCUGCUCUUCUUUGUUCUCAAGGAUUCGCUUUCUCUGUGGGGAAUCGGAUUCGGCCUUCGGCGAUGGAUCGCUCUCCUAUCGCCGCACCAUGAUCGCGUUUCUUCAGCGCUAGCCUCCCUGUUUGGGUUUGGAUUACUGCUGCCUCUCCGGCAGAAGACGAACGCUGAGAUUGCAGAAAUCACCGUAUCGAAUCGCACAGUUUAUUUUGCCACCCAAAAAAGAGACCAAUUUAGGUUAAAUCCACUGACGGCGUUUGGGAUCUGAAGUUAUGGGUUGUGUGGGUUCUUGUUUGCGCGAGAAUAAAGUGGAAGGACAAGAACAUCGAAAUAGAAGACGUAGCUUCGUUCAGCUCGUUGUUGACAUGUAUCAUUCAUUGUUCCCUAGCAGAGAACGAGUCGUGCCUUCAGCCGAGCAAGGGCUAAAUAUUGGAGAAAAUAAUGCUGCUGUUCUUCUGUCAAACGACAAUCCUAGAAGCUCCCAACCACAGGCUCAGCAAGACAGCCUUGUGUUAGGGCAUACCAAAGGUUCAGCUGUUGCUUUAGAUGUGCAAGGGAGCAUUCUUCUUUCUUCUAUUUCCAUAAUGCGAGUCGAUAUUGCAGAUAAUACUGUCUCUCCUCUAUUGAGCAAUGAUCCCAGAGGCUCCCAUUCACAGAGACAGAAUGAAGAUCUUGUGUCAGGGCAUGCAGUAAUUCCAGAAGGUGUCCAGAAAUCUGUAUCAAUCAGAUACGAGAAGGGUACAAACACUCAACCCGAUCCGAACUAUGAAAAUGGAUCCAUCUCAGGGAGUUCACAGAUGUUACCCUAUCUUUAUCUGUCAUCCGACGUUGAAGAUUCGUGUCCAAUUUGCCUCGAGGAUUACACUAUCGAAAAUCCAAGGAGUACUUUGCAGUGUGCCCAUCAGUUUCACCUUUGCUGUAUAUAUGAAUGGAUGGAGAGAAGCCAUGCCUGCCCAUUCUGCAGCAAGAUAAUGCUAUUUAAAGAAGACCCCUGAUCUUGUUUGUGGCUCUCUCUACUGAUCAGCCUUCCAAACUGCUAGUUCUACUGUGAAUGAAAAUGAAUGAUUUUUUUCAUCUUCUUAUCUCUGGCUGUAUAUUCCUUGUUCUCCCUCUUUUGAAACAUUUUAUCUGAUAUUUUUCAUGGAUCACUUGUCGAUCAAUUAUGAUUUAAGCAAAUAGGUGGUAUACUGUCUGAUUUUAUGUUUUGGUGAAGAAAAGUGUCUUAUCAAAUAUUUGAUAGGAAUGGGAGCUUUUCUCUUCCAUUUUGAUCUUCAUUUAUUUUGAUAUUAUUACUAAGAACA